AUGGCGCCGCCGCCCGGCCCCGCCCGCCCCUUCCGGCGCUGCCGCCAUGGCGGAGCCGGCCGGGCCCUUCCACCGGCUGCGGGGCGGGACGGGCAGGUACCUCUGCUACUGCCGCCCCGGCCCCGGCCCCGGCGGCACAGUCUAUGUGACCGACGGGCUGGAAGUCUGGGCCGGGGCUCCGGCCGCCCGCUCGCCGCUCGGCUGCGUACGUACCGGGGCCGGGGCGGUGGCGGGGCCGGGGGCCGGGGACCGGGGCAGGCCGGUUUUUUGGGACGUUCUCCCUCUCCUCCCCAGCCGUGCCAGCCGGAGGAGCACGGCGAGAAGCUGAGGGAGGCCGUGGGGCGCGGGGCGGCCGCGCUCAGCCUGGGCGAGGGGACGGCCACGCUGCAGCCGCGGAGCGAGGAGGCCCGGUGCUCAGCCCUGGAUCUCAUCAAGCUGCCCGUCGCCGAGGCGAGGAGCCAGCUCCAGGGGCUGGUGUUUGGCAUGGCAGGGCGCAUCGAAAGCCUGGAGAAACGCCUAGAAGCAGUGGUGGAGACACCGGCACCUUCCUGCAGCCCUGAGAAGAAUGAUGCCUGGAGCCAGCAGCGCUUCCUGCCAGGUAGGCAGUGGCCAGAAGACAUCUCCCAUGGUCCCAGUGCUUGUUUGCCUUUUCUUCCCCAGGAAUCAGCUGGUCCUGUGCCCAUGUGCUCUUCAGGACACUGAGUCCCCUCAGUUGUGGCUGCUGUCAGCUGCUCCGCUGUGCUGAUGCCCUUCCCCUGUUGCAGAAGGGUCCAGGGCUCAGCGCAGUGGCUCUCGAGGUAUCUGGGAUGCACUGUGCUCAGGUCAGAUGCUGGGCAUUGCCAGGCAGGUUACUAGCCUCCAGGAGGUCAGGCUUUGCUGUUCUUCCUGCUGCUUUGGGAGAGACCAGGCUUGGCCCUUAUUCACCUGCCGCAGAUGCUGGGCCUGCCAGGCUGGGCUGCUAGAGGCUCACCCUGGGCAUGGAGGGGCUUACAGGGCUGGUAAAGCAACUAGCUGACCUUUUGCAAUCCCCAUCCUGACUGAGGCAGACCCCAGCCCCAGGAAGAAGAGGGGUGCUGGCUCAGCUUUGCCGGCCAAGAGGAAGAUCCCAGGAGAGUCUCUUAUUAACCCUGGCUUCAAAAG